AUGCCGUCGCUCCAGAGCCUUCCACCGGAAAUUCUUCUUACUAUAGGUGAUCAUCUGGAAGAAAGGGAUAUCUACACUCUGCUUUUCGUUAAUCGCCGCUUUGCAAGCAUGUUUUUGAAUUACCUUUACCGUCAUAACCGUAUCCACCAAGACUCCCCUGCCCUCCUCUGGGGCAUGAAUGAUGAGAACGAGGGCGUGGCGAGGCGUGCUCUCGCUCAGAAUCCUAGCUGGUGCCCCGAGUCAGAGCGGGCGCAUUACUUUCGGUUUCUCUCCCAUCUCUGUGUCAGCCGUGGGCAGCAUAGAAUUGUUCCCAGCUUACUGAGGCACCAGGUCUGCCGCUGUUUACAGCCUUGCCUCGAAGACACAGAGUCCCUGGCCAACGACCUUGGAUAUUAUGAUCUUGCCGACGAGAUGAUGCACUGCCGUUUCGAUAACAAUCAGCGUGAUUGCUGCUCUUAA